GCCGGUACACAACCAGUACCCAGGCACGGUGAGAUGAGGUGAUCACUGAUGUCAUAAAGACCUUAGCUGACUAAAAUCAGGACAGUAGUAGCUCACGGUUUAUCAUUGCAACCAGUGAUAAAAGGGGCUUCGCUAUCUUACUUGUCGAUGCGAUGCAGCGUUAGCUGGUUAGCUAUUGUAGCUAAAGUGCACAUUUCCUAGUCGAUACAUAACGGUACUUUGCAAGAUGACAAACGGUCUGUGUUUCUCAAAGUAUUCUGAAAGUUUUCUUUGGGACUGCUAGUCUAGAAACCCGGAGGAAUGGGAGAAACUAAAGCAGAUGGGACAAAAAUGGCAAAUUUAACAGAGACCCAGGCAGUGCCUCCUGUAACUAAAGGCAGUAAGAAGGCUGAGAGGAACUCUGUCUUCAGUUGGAUCAUAGUCCUUGCUCUGUUGGGUGUUUGGAUGUCUGUGGCUGUUGUCUGGUUUGACCUAGUUGAAUACAGCAGUGUUGUAGGUACACUUGGAGGAGUUUAUGAUGCUGAUGGUGAUGGUGACUUUGAUGCAGAAGAUGCUAAAGUUAUCUUGGGCUUGCCUGGCUGUCACUCUAUGCACAAAACAAGUGAUGAUGCUUUAGCAGAUGAGGGCUCUGAUUGGUUAAAAAGCUCCCUGGCACUUCUCUUUGAUGCGCUGUUUCCGUGCGAGGCCAGACAAGUCGGAGGGCAUGUUGCAGAGGAGGCCAAAAGGGUGGCUGACACUCCUGUGAGAAAGAAAAAAAGUGCACGCAAAGCUGAGAAUUAUAAAGAACAGCAGUCUAAAAAAAAAGAUGUACCUUUAGAUCAAAAGGCAGUAAAAGGGUCGACAGCUGACACCUUCAGAGACACAGAAAGUGAAGUGCGACCUGAAGAACCUGUGCCCUUUAAUGAAGACAGGACGUCGUCUUUUCAUCCUUUUGAUGUUUCCUUAACAGACUCAAAAGAACACAUUGACAGCACUGGAGAGUUAGUUGUAGAGGCUUUACCUGAGAAAACUCUAGAACUAUCUGCAACAGAAAGAUACCAAGAUGAAGAGCCAUACCAUGCGCACAUGGAAGAAAAGAAGUCUAAAACAAAAGAUACACCUGGGAGUAAAGUUUUACCAGACAUGACAUUUGAGCCUGAAUCUACAUUACCUCUUACCGAAACUCUGCAUGAGACAUCUGAACCUAAAGCGCCCUCAAAAGCUAUAACAGAGUCUCAAGAGUCUGGGCAUGAGUCUGCACCAGAGGUUACAGCAGAAACUAAAGGAAAGAAGAAAAAGCCAAAACUCUUCAAUAAAUUUGACAAAAUAAUCAAAUCUGAAAUCAGUGCAGCUGACAAACUACGUAAAAAGGGAAAAGUUGAGGAAGCUCUGCAUGCCUUUGAGGCUCUUGUCCAGAAAUAUCCUCAAAGUCCCAGAUGUCGGUACGGUAAAGCUCAGGCUGAGGACGACGUGGCAGAGAAACUGCGCAGUAAUGAGAUGCUGCUGAAGGCGGUGACCACUUACAGGGAGGUGGCGGAGCUCCCCGACACCCCUGCGGAUCUCAUCAAAGCCACGCUAAAGCGCUGCGCCGACAGACAACAGUUCUUAGGUCGCAUGAGGGGCUCUUUGGCCACCCUGGAGAAGCUAGUGCACAUUUUCCCAGAUGAUAUUACCCUGAAGAAUGAUCUGGGAGUGGCUCAUCUGCUGAUCGGCGAUAAUAAGGGUGCCAAGGGAAUUUACGAGGAGGUUUUGACUGUGGCUCCAAAUGAUGGGUUUGCCAAAGUGCACUAUGGAUUCAUCCUUAAAUCUGAAAAUAAGAUUGCAGAAAGCAUACCUUACCUCAGGGAGGGUUUGGAGUCUGGGGAACCAGGCACUGAUGAUGGGAGAUUUUAUUUUCACCUCGGUGAUGCCCUGCAGAGGACAGGAGACGUGAGUCAAGCCUACAAAUGGUACGAGGCUGGAUACCAGCAUGGCCAUUUCGCGUCCGUGUGGCAGAGGUCACUUUAUAAUGUGGCAGGACUGCGAGCUCAACCGUGGUGGUCAGCCAAGGAGACCGGAUACACUGACCUUGUCCGGAUGCUGGAACAGAACUGGAAGAUCAUCAGAGAUGAAGCUUUACUGGUAUUGGAUGCUGGAAGUGGACAGUUCUUACCGGAGGAUGAAAAUCUUAGAGAGACAGGAGACUGGGGCCAGUUUACGCUCUGGCAGCAGGGACGGAAGGUUCCUUCUUCCUGUCAGAGUGUUCCUAAGACCUGUGCUUUUAUGGAGCGUUAUCCAGAAACCACCACCUGCAAGAGAGGCCAGAUAAAGUUUUCAGUGAUGCAGCCUGGUACGCACGUCUGGCCUCACACCGGUCCCACGAACUGCCGCCUGCGCAUGCAUCUGGGCCUUGUCAUUCCCCCUAGAGGCUGCCAGAUCCGCUGCACCAACCAGACCAGGAACUGGGAAGAGGGGAAGGUGUUGAUAUUUGAUGACUCGUUCGAGCAUGAGGUGUGGCAGGAAGCAGACAGCUACAGGCUCAUCUUUAUUGUGGACGUCUGGCAUCCAGAACUCAGCCAAUCACAGAGACAUGCACUGUCACCCAUAUGAAGCUAACAGUGAAUCCCAGAAAUUUUUUUAAGAACUUUCAGCCAAUCAUAGUGACUUAUUUUGAGGUCUUAGCCAAUCGGACUUCUUAUCUCUGGCUGAUCUCUGGUACUGAACAAAGGGCCACAUGAAUGUACACUGCUCUUUAUUUUUUAACAGCCAUAGGUAAUUUAGGUGUGAUUUAUGAAGAACAUGAAGAAUAGACCUUGUCCCACCAUUGUCAUGGGCUUUGGGUUAGAGUCUAGAUAACACCAUUUCUGCAUAGAUACGGGUUUAUCUAGUUUUCAUCAGACAUUCCUGGGAUAUGUAAAAGCAGAUGGAAAAUGGUGACUAGGAUUCCACUAAUUUUGAAUAUCUACAAGAGUUAGGAGAAGGAAAUUUCUGAUGGAGACUGAGGUGAAGCAUUAUUGGAACCCCCACAGCUGCAAUCAUUGUGUAUUGCUGUACAUUUUUUGUUCAUUAUUUUGAAAAUAUGCCACUUAAAGGGUCAUUUCAUAAUGACAUGCAAAUUAUGUGACAACAUUGCACUAUGUGGUAUUUGUGCGUCUGUGUGUCUGUAUGUCUGUGUGCGUGCGCAUGGAUGUGUUGGUCUGUUUGAAUCAAAAUAAUUGUAGUCUCACUGGUCUGUAAACUUGCCUGUUUAAAAAAAAAAAAAAAAAAAUAUGUUCCUUAUACAUACAUUUGCCAAACCUUGUAUAAUACUUAUCAUGCAGUGGAAACUCAAACACUAUUUUUGUUAAAUAAAACAUUUGUAAUUUA